AAUUAAUUCAUGUACAGAAGGUUCUUGAACUCUCUCUCUUAUCAUUCCACUCCAUAAUAAAUAAUAAUCUAUCACUCUUCUUUGUGCUCCGAGGUUCAGAUCUGAGCACUCACAGAAAUGGCAGAGGUUACGAUAAUGCUGCUGAAAGUUGACCUCCAGUGCUCAAAGUGUUACAAGAAAGUGAAGAAAGUGCUUUGUAAAUUUCCAGAGAUACGAGACCAAGUUUACGACGAGAAGCAAAACACGGUGACGAUAAAAGUGGUUACCUGCUGUCCUGAUAGAUUGAUGCAAAAGAUAUGCUGCAAAGGCGGUAAAGCAGUCAAGAGUAUCGAAAUCAAGCCACCUGCAAAGCCUAAAGAACCCGAGAAGAAGAAAGAACCAGAGAAGGAAAAGCCCAAGGAGCCCGAGAAGAAGAAAGAACCCGAAAAGGAAAAACCUAAAGAGCCCGAGAAGAAGAAAGAGGCAGAGAAGCCAGAAGAUCCCAAACCAACAAAACCAAAAGUUGUUAUUGUCGACCCACCACCGAAACAGAAGCCACAACCACCCAAGGCGUCUGAUCCAGCACCAACUACCAAGGCUAUUGUACCAGUACCAACUCCCAAGGCUCCUGUACCGGCACCGGGUUACCCACCGGGCUACCCGAAUUACCCAUUUGGGGCGUGCUGCAGGGAGUGUUAUGGGGGGCAUGGAGGGGGGCCAUGUCAACAGCUUGGUUAUGGAAGACCUAUAUAUUAUGAUGGUUAUUACGGACGGCCGGUUUAUGAUAGUUGGGGCGGCGGUGACGGUGAUUGGAGUAGAGGUAAUUGCUGGAGUCGUGGAGAUUACUUCUGUGAAGAAAAUCCUUCAACUUGCUCAAUUAUGUAAUUGGUUUAAUGGUUGAUAUAUGCAUUGUA